AUGAUUGCAGGAAAACUCGUAAACUCGAAAACUAGGUCCAUCGUCCCGGUGGAUCUCGAUUCAAUAGUAUAUUGGAAUGCCAUGAUAUUGAGUGAUUUCUAUAGAAAAAUAAAUAACACCAUCAAAGCUUCAGAAUAUGAAAUAAUUUCCUUGCAGUGGAAAGAGGCAGUGGCGGAAGUUCUUUGGGAUGAAGAGUUGGGGUCGUGGUUUGACUUUGAUUUGAUCAAUAAUAUAAAACGAAAAUAUUUUUACCCAACAAAUAUAUCACCUUUAUGGACUGGCUGCUAUGAUGAGAAAAAAACAGAAUACUUUGUGACAAGGGUCCUUAAAUACUUAAGUAAGACAGAAAUAUUGGAAACAAAGGGGGGCAUUCCGACCACCAUGAGGCUGACGGAACAACAGUGGGACCAGCCUAACGCAUGGCCCCCCCUUCAAUAUAUAGCGGUGAUGUCUUUACACAAUACAGGAAAUAAAGAUCCGCAAAUAAUGGCAAAGAAAAUUGCUCACAAGUGGUUGUGCACCAACUAUGUGCCUCACUACAAUUAUACAAAAAUGUAUGAGAAAUAUCGAGUGGAUCUUCCUGGGCAAAAAGGAUUGAGCUCUGGAGAGUAUGAAAUCCAAGAUGGAUUUGGCUGGACCAACGGCAUCAUAUUAGAAUUUCUCCAAAUAUACAAUUCCACGGCCUCAACAGAAGAUUGGAAUGUAACUGCACCAGACUGCUAUGGUGAAUGGAAGAAACUAAAAAUGUUAAAGGAACUACAAAUUGUAAAUAAUAAUAAUAAUACAAAUAAAAUAGAUAAUAAUUGA